AAGUGCUUAAAGAAACUACCUAUAGAGGGCAUGCACAGAGGAUCCUGUAGUUGACAGACGAAAAUAUAAUCCAUAAUGCCCCAAUCAGCUGAGCCGUUUUGAUUAUUUUGGUUACUUUCGUCAACGUCUCAACGAUAAAGGAAACCUGUAGCCUGCAGCUGUUGGACAGGAAGCAUGCUUGCCGCUCGAAACGUCAAAAUCGAAGAAAAGUAACACUGUCUUUCGCUGUAGCUAUAAUUUAGCAAUGUUUUGAGACUUAAACCACGAUAAAAACGGAAAAUGAGUAAAGAAGCUACCGAAAAUGAUAAAAGGAAGAGAAACAAUCUUCUUUCUCAAUAUUAUGGGAUCACAAAAGAGAAGGAUGUAGAAAACCUAUUUGAUGUGGAUGGAAAGCACUUUAAUGCAGAUGCCUAUGUAGACAAACUUGUUCAAGAAACUAGUUUGAAGCAGCUCAUAGACAAAGAACAGGAAUUAGUUCGUGAGAUACAAUCUUUGGAUUCUGAAAUGCAGACACUAGUUUAUGAGAACUAUAACAAAUUUAUUCUUGCAACGGAUACUAUUCGGCAGAUGAAAAGUGAUUUCAAAACAAUGGAAGAUGAAAUGGAGAAGCUAGUGCAAGACAUGUCACAAAUUGCAACAUUUGCAAACAGUAUAUCUUCAAACUUACAGGAUCGGCGUCAACAAAUAACAAAACUAUCAAACAUCCAUGAACUGCUUAAGAAUUUGCAAUUUUUAUUUGAUCUUCCCACUAAAUUAAAAUCCUCUGUUGAAGAAAAGAACUAUUCACUGGCUGUAAAGUACUAUGCCAAGUCUGAGCAAGUUCUCAAAGAUUUUGGUGAUCAUCCGUCUUUCAGCGGAAUACAAUCAGAUUGCCAAGAAAUUGUUACCACACUGCGGAAGUGUCUGAAAGACCAAUUUGUUAGAGCUGAAGUAACCUCCCGUGAACUAGAAGAAUCUGUAACACUCUUGAGCAAGUUAGGUGAAUCUUCCACUAGUCUUGCCCUAGAAUUCACUGUAAUAAAUAAAGGGAGGCUGGAAAAAGAUUUGGAUGAUCUUUCCUCGUAUACGACUUCUGGUGAAAAUAAUGGCGAAGCUGUUCUUGCGUUUAUUGAAAAAUGCUGCAACACAGCUUUAAAUAAUGCCGCCUUAACCAUUGCAACUUUUAACAACAUUUUUCCACUAGCCUCCGCGAAAGACAACGAAGGGCUGAUCGACAUGGCCGUGGAUGUUAUCAACCGGCUUUGUCCAGUUGUGAAAACAAAGGUUGUAGAAAUUAUCGGAUUGGAGAUGAGCGAAGGUUGCUGCUUGUCCCUAGUUGCGGCUUUGGAUAAAUUUCAUCGCCGUCUAUUAGCCGUUCAGCGAUUGCUGAUGUCGGAUAAUCAGUGGAGCUCCAUUCUUAUAACGGAUGUUGCUCAAAUAAUUUCUAACCGAGCAGCAGAGAAUCUUGUAGUAAAAUGGACUCAAGAAUUGCAAGGUUGGCGUGACUCCUGGAACAACGAUAAUCAGCCGCACGGAUCGGUCAAAUUCAUCGAGGGAGCUCUUAUCGAACACAUUCAUCGUACGCUGGUUGCAUUGACGGCUUUUGUAGGGAAUCACGUAACGUUUUCCCAGGACUACCAGUUCCGUCAGACUUUCGGUCGACGCCAUGUUCGCGAAGGCGUUUUCAUAAUGUCGCUAAAAAAACUGUCAAUAAUGUUAUCAAACCUUUGUAACGCCACUGGGAAAGAUAACGCAUCUCCUACCCUGAUUCUUGUUCUCUCACGGGUGGCAAUCGACUUUAAUCAAAAUUUGGCGCAGUCCUUGUUGUCGUUAAUAGAAGAACAAUUUGACAUUCCAGCUGGUUUUCAAGGAGACAACCUCACCCCAAUAUCAGCCGUAACUGCCGAGUUUAGGCAAGCCUCUCAAACUCUUUUACAGAGAUAUGUCCAAAGUGAAAGUCAUGUUCUUGUUCAGAUGAUUCGCAAAUCGAUGGAUUCUCGGGAUUGGUUAACCACUUCCGAACCUCGCAGCGUUCGACCCGUUAUAAAGCGUGUGCUGGAAGAGAUUAGCCGAGUUGACUCCCAUGCAGCUCAACUGUAUGAAGAAGGUUCGAGGAAGGAUAGGAGCUCUGAUUCUUCUCGACGAACUCAUCAUAGCAGCUCGAGAAUGCAACAAAAAUCAUCGUGGUCAUCAUUGGGACCUUCGCAACUGGACUCCUCCUUACUGAAUAAUAUACAGAAACUAUUUUCUGAACGUAUCGACCUCUCUGGAACCGUUGAGCCUAAUAAAGGAUCCGUCGUUAUGGCUGUUAUUAAAAUUUGCCUCAAGGGUUUCUUGGAAUGCGUUCGUCUAAAGACAUUUGGAAAGUACGGUAUUCAGCAAAUUCAAGUAGACUGCUACUAUCUGCAGCUUUUCUUGUGGCGAUUCACCUUUGACGAAAAUUUGGUACACAGCUUACUCGAUGAGAUCUUGUCGAGUGCAGUCCAACGCUGCCUGGAACCAGUAUUAAUGGAACCAGGUGUUGUAGAGCUGAUCUGCGAACGCUGAAAGCCCUCAGUUAUUCGAAAGGAUGAUGAAGCACAUUUGAUCUGGCGGGAGGUGUUAGUGGCUAAAGGUAUGUAGGAAGGAACGGAGAGCUGAGACUUCCAGGCGGUGUAGGUAAGCAGACUUAUGCAGGAAUAAUUUCCGAGGACCAUGGUAGGUGAGGAUUUCCCAUCCACCUACUGUGAUAUUCGUGAUAUGCCCGUGAUAUAAACACUAUAUGAAAAAUACGUAUACGAUAGAUCACGCGAUCAUGGGACGGUAUUCUAAUUUUGCGAGAUUCUGGUGGCACUGAGAUUUUUCGUGUUUCUGGAAAUUCUAGCAGAUUAUCGCCACGUUCGGGGAUUCUGUAAGUUGCCAAUACCUCGUUUUUUUUUGUCACUUUUUACAGACAUUGCGCCAAAUCUGUAACGCGUUUACGUCUAGAGCGAGCAUACUAUUGUUUUCGAUAGAUAGACUACGUUUUAGAUCAUUUCCGAUGUGUCAAAAUUUUUAGAGAGAUGCUUACAGCUGUGUGAUACAAUAAUUUUUUGCAUCAAGA